GCCACCUCGGUAGCUUGCUAGACAAAAUAGCCGAACCAAUAAAGCUCUUUAGACGCUUUAGUGUAUAUUAGCCACUGUGUUUUAAACCCACGUCUGUCGUCUAGUUAGUUAUCCGAUUUAAUGUAAUAUUUACGGUGUUGUUGUUAUUAGUCAACUAGCGGGCUGGUUAAGUUAGCAUUAGCAUUAGCCUAGCUAGCUAACAUCCCCGACCAUGAGCUCACCAAGCCACUCUCCUGUUAAAGACGACGAGGAGGAGGAGGAGGUCUGCUUGACGGAGGAAGAGGGUCUGUGGCUGAACGUUGUCGUGAAAGAGGAGAAGGAAGAGGAGGAUGUUACAGUAAAACAAGAAGUAGAGGUUGAGGCUGUUACAGUGAAAGAAGAAGAGAAAGACGUUUCAGUGAAAGAAGAGGAGGAAGAUGUUACAGUAAAAGAAGAGGAGGAAGGAGAGAUAACUGUCAUAUUGGAAGAAGAGGAGGAGGAGGAUGUUGGAGAACUAAUUAACACCAUUUGUUCCAGUCAUUGGCAGCAGAGAACUGGGAAGGAGAGGCGGCCGAAGGAGGAAUUGGCUUUUUUGGGGGGUGACCAGUGAGAUAUACCUGCUGGAGCGCGGGCUGCGGAUGAUAUAAAGAGAGAGACAUGACUAUCGUGGAUCCUCUGGAGAGCCUCAACAACAACAUGAUGCUGACGAGGCAGAGAAGAGUCUCUCCAGAGCAGAAAACCUCAAGAAACCCCAGCAGAGACCCACAGGGAAGAGAACUCACUGCUGCUCUGACUGUGGAAAGAGUUACUCAAGAUCAGAUUCACUAAAAGUACACCUGAGAAUUCACUCGGGAGAGAAACCUUACCACUGCUCUGACUGUGGGAAGAGAUUUACCUCUUCGGCAGAUCUUAAAAGACAUGAGAGAAUCCAUACA